AUGCCUCGGAAGCUGUUUUCAAAGAUGCCCACCACACAGGGGCGGUCAUUCUACGAAGAGCUUCGAGGGCACGACUCUGAAGGAUAUGACGGGGGAUCGCGAGCUGGACUUCUUGACGAAGAAAACCUCAAUCACAACUUCCAGGACUAUGAUCUGGAUCAUGCGGAGGGCCUCACCGUUGAUGAUAGUCGUGCGACGCUAGCAGGUUUACGAAAGACACCGGCGUCGAAAGUCCCACCGGGGCACCAAAAUGACCGGUCGAUGUGGCUCGCGCACGACGACGAUGCCGACAACGAUGUUCCGCCCUCGCUCCUGGUCGAACCUCGAGGCGCUCACCUAGCAGGGAAGCCCAAAAGAAAGCAGAGUCGACAAGCUGCCUAUACCAUGCCCGGCUCAUCCAACACGCGAGCACAAUGGGAAACAAUUCAAGCCCACCAACCCCUCCACAACGAUGAGCCAUUCACACAGAGUCACCGGGGUAACGGCGCCCCGGGCUCUCUGUUCUCUGGGAGCGCAUCUCUCGAUGCGAAGAAGAUGGCGGAAUGGAGAUGGGCAAAUGUCCAGAACCUCGACAAGUUUAUCAAAGAGGUCUACGAUUAUUACAGGGGAUGUGGUAUCAAGGCGAUAAUAACCGAACGGGUGCUGCAUCUUGGGAACGUGGCCUUCAUAGCUGUCCUCUUGACCUUCCUCACGCAAUGUGUUGACUACAGUCUUGUCCGCGGAAGCCAGAAGCUCUCGCAGAUCAUCGUUCCACAGUGCACCAGAAAGAUGUCGGGGUGGUGGAAUCUUGGCCUCUGGCUCUUUGCAUUCUACUUCAUAUGGAAGGCAAUCCAGUAUAUCUUGGACCUCCACCGGCUGUUUCACGUCCGUGACUUUUACACACAUUUGCUCAACAUCCCGGACCACGACAUGCAGACUAUCACCUGGCAAGAAGUGGUGGCACGCGUAAUGGCUCUACGAAACCAGAACUCAAAGACGGCAACCACCUUGACCCCGUUGCAAAGACAUUUCAUUGGCAGCCAGUCCAAAGAAAGGCUAGAUGCGUCCGACAUUGCGAAUCGCAUCAUGAGACGUGAAAACUAUCUCAUUGCCCUGUUCAACAAGGACAUUUUGGACCUCACUAUUCCGCUGCCGUUCCUGCGAAAUCGGCAGUACUUCUCUCGUACUCUGGAGUGGACUUUGAUGUUCAGUGUUCUCGACAUGGUGUUUGACGAGAAGGGCCAGGUCAACCAGAAAUUCCUGCGAGCCGACCGCAGAGGGGAGAUAAGCGAGAAACUGCGCUCACGGUUCCAGUUUGCUGGCAUCAUGAUUCUAGUGCUAUCGCCUUUCGUGUCGCUCUAUCUUGUCAUCUAUUACUUUUUGAUGUACUAUCAUGAAAUCCAAAAGAACCCGUCUGUAUUGUCAUCUCGGUCGUAUACACCCCUUGCCGAGUGGAAAUUUCGCGAGUUCAACGAGCUACCACACCUUUUCCAAAAGCGUCUGGACAUGUCGAAAGCUUUUGCAACGCAUUAUAUGGAUCAGUUCCCAAAGGUUAAGACCGAGAUGGUAGCCAAGUCCGUCGCAUUUGUCUCGGGAGCGUUGGCAACCGUGUUGGCCAUUGCAUCUGUUUUCGAUCCUGAACUUUUCCUCGGUUUCGAGAUCACACCGGAUCGCACCGUGCUCUUCUACACGGCCAUUUUUGGUAGUAUCUGGGCGGUUGCCCACGGCAUGCAGUCUCAGGACGAUGUAGUCUUCGACCCGGAAUAUGCCAUGCGCAACGUGAUCGAGUACACACACUACGAACCCGACCACUGGAAGGAUAGACUUCACAGUUAUGACAUUAAGCUGGAGUUUGCUGAGCUAUACAAACCCAAGAUCGUUAUCUUUCUGGAAGAGAUUUUGGGCAUCCUGACAACGCCGUUUGUCCUUUUUUUCAGCCUUCCCAAGUGCAGCGACCAGAUUAUCGACUUUUUCCGGGAGUUCACGCUUCACAUUGACGGACUAGGCUAUGUGUGCACCUUUGCAGAAUUCGAUUUCAAGAAGGCCAUGGCGAACGCAAAGAAGCCGAGUGAUGGUGGUGACGUACGCGACGAGUACUACUCAGCCAAACAUGGGAAGAUGGAAGCAUCGUACUACGGGUUCAUCGGGAAUUAUGGCAACUUUGCUCUCAACCCAAAGGGCGCCCCAGGAUCACAUCUCCCACCGGGAAUGCGGAAUCAAUUUCACCCUCCGCCAGCCUGGCCUGGUCUGAACUCGCCGCCUCUUGGUGCUGACAUGCAGACUUCCCGGAUGGGUCGUAGUGAGUUUCGAUCAAGGAGCAGGGCUCCCGGCCAAGGUCUGCGCCCUGGGCCAAGUAUGGUGGCUCCUUCUCCCAUGGCGUCGAUUCUCCUGGACCCGCAUCACUUGCCGCCAUCGCACCUUGUGAACCCGGGCCGGGCCUCGCAUCCACACCGCGUUCAGCAAAACAGACGCCCCGGUGAAAGCAACAUCAUCGAGGAGUCUCUGGAAGAUGAAGAACGAGGUAGGGAGGGUGUCAAUCGUCACGACGAUGAAGAGGUGUACGGUCAUGGAGAUGGCAUGGAUGAAUCGGCCUGGCAGACAUCACCGGCCAGAACCUUGAGCAGGGACAACAGCGCAAUCGAGGGUACUGGGACUGCGGAGGCGGGAGUUGUGGACAUGAUUUAUCAAUUCAACCAGGCCCAGUUCACUCGGAACGGCGUUUGA